AUGGCGGCCCCGGCCGCGCUGCGGGCGCGGCUGCCGGCGCUGCGGGAGGAGUAUUUCCACCGCAACAGAUUGGUGGAUGAAAAGCGAAAGAAACAGUAUAAAGCUGCUGUCAAAAUCCAGAGCUGGUUUCGAGGAUGCAGAGUCCGAGCCUAUAUCAGAUAUUUGAACAAAGUGAUAGUUGUUAUACAGAAGUGGUGGAGAGGUUAUCAAGGAAGAAGAUACUUCAGAAAAAUGGUGGAGACAGCAUAUUUUAUUAUGAAGAUGAAUUUCUACAAUGAAAUGGCUGUCAGGAUUCAGAAAAGAUGGCGAGGCUAUUAUAUUCGAAAAUACACCCAUAACUAUUAUGCCCUGAAGAAAUACCUGGARGCUGUUUCUGUGAAUAAUGAGAUUGUCAGGAAAGAACUGAACGAAUACGCAGAAAUGAAAGAGAAAGAAAAGAGAAGGAAAGAACUAGAAAAGAAAGAGAAGGAGAAGCAUUACCAAGCCCGAAAGAUGCAUUACCUCCUUAGCACUGAGCAGAUUGCAGGUGUCUACAACUCCCCUUUCAGAAAAUGUCCGCAUCCAAUGGAGCUCCUGUUACGGAAGUCAAAGCCACUGAGCCACAGGAAGCAGCCACCAAAGAGGCCCCUCACAUGGGAGCUCUGUGACCCCUCACUCACUGCAGGGUCUCUGACUUUCCCUGCAGCAGAACCUCUGCCACCUAUUCGCAUCCAGAAACCUCAGGGGCCUUUCCGUGAUCCCGCUGAAGUUUUGCGGCAGCGCUACAAGCCUUUGGAACCAACCUUGCGAGUGGCAGCAUCAAUCAAUUCAAUGGAGAGGGCUAGAGAGGAAAUCAAGAGAGAGGAAUGGAGAAACCGUAUACAUGACAAUGAAUUUUUGCCAUUUUCUUCAUAUCACAAAAAUGAUAAGUACGACCCAUCAAUUCAUAGAUCAGGUAAAUAUGGCCAAGAAACUUACGGAAUCAAGCAUUUCCGAGAAGAGCAGCCUGAGAAGUGGAUAGCAGACAAGGACUUUCAAACAGUGUUACCAUCCAUCAUUCUUUUUGAAAAAUUUGGAAAAACUUAUUCCAGAGCUGGGCAAAUAGUUUAACCGUCCUGUAAACUGCAGAAUAGAGCACUCCUAGUAAGUGAGCAAUAAAUGUAAUUCAGCAAAAUGACGGCAGUUUGAUGUCUGAAUACUCCAUAAAAGACUGUUUUUGUAAAGUGAUGUAUACUGUAUCCAAAGUACUGCUACUUGAUUUGGCUAUAUCUUUAAGUAAUACAGCUUUCAACAUUAAUCAGAGRCUUUUUUUUGCAGCUUUGGCAAAUGUAAUAUCUUAGGAAAACUGGAUGACUCUUGAAAAUGCUUUCUGAAGAUGUAUUAUUUGAAAAUAAAUCCUUUAUGAUACAAAACCCAGCGUAAUUAAGUAAAAGACCUGAUUAUACACAUUCUGUGUAUUACAGGUUUAUAAGUGAGGUUAAUCUAGGUUUGAAAGUUACAUGUGUUCUUUUUUUCUGACAUCCAUAAAUGGAUCUGCUUCAUCAUUAGUGUCAGGAUACGUUUGUCUUAGAUGUAUAGAGAUCCAUCUCUCCAUUCAAUGAAAUUCGAUAAGCUAUUUACAUGGAAGAUUGUAUUUUAAAUACUUUGAACUCCUCUGUGGGAGGAUCUUAUCAGUGGAUAACUUAAUUGCUGAAAAUCUAGAAUUCUAACUAUAUAUACACCUUAAAAUUAAAUAAGUUUUUCUAAAUCUACUUUAUUAUUCUUCAUCUAUAACUGUAUGUUUACUCUUCACCCUAUGUUAGACAGAUUUGAUACAUGGAAAUAUAAUCAUGUAAUGCCUGUGAAAACUGAAUACACAUUUGAUCAUAUAAAUGUGAUACCUGACUGCAGCAUUCACUAGCAGGCAAUCCUGUAAUACUUUGAGUAUCUCCAAGUCCCAUUAAAUUAAAGGAACUCAGCUCAACAUUUUGGGAAGUCUUCAGCAUUUUCAGCACCAAAUCAUAAGGUAUUUUGUCAAAUUA